AUGAGUAACGAACAAAGUAAUAAGCCUGUAAAGAAACCUAUCUCAUAUUCGAACCUUAUUAUCGGUUCUAUUCUUAAUUUAUUUGAGGUUUCUACGCUUGGACAACCUUUUGAAGUGAUUAAGACACAUAUGGCAGCAAAUAGAAAAGAUUCUAUUAUAACAAGUUUUAAAAAAAUAUGGGGGAGAGGACAUAUAUUAGGAUUUUACCAAGGGUUAAUUCCAUGGGCAUAUAUUGAGGCAUCAACUAAAGGAGCAGUAUUAUUAUUUACAGCAUCAGAAGUAGAAUAUCAUAUACAGAUGUUAGGAGCAGAUUCCUUUGUAGCAGGUAUAAUAGGUGGAAUGUGCGGAGGAAUGGCACAGGCAUAUAUUACGGUUGGGUUUUGUACAUUUAUGAAGACAGUAGAAAUAACACGCAAUAAAUAUGUUAAAGAAGGUAUUAAAAUGCCAAGUACAUAUAAAAUAUUUAUAGAUAAAUACCGUAAAGAAGGUAUUCGUGGUAUUAAUAGAGGAGCCAAUGCAGUUGCACUUCGACAAAUGACAAACUGGGGAAGUCGUAUUGGAUUUACUCGUCUUAUUGAAUCCAAAUUUAAAAUGAUCAAAAAUAAAGAUGAAUCAGAACAACUUUCUCUCAUAGAAAAAGUUAUAUGUAGUUCCAUUGCAGGGGGUUUAUCAUGUUGGAAUCAACCUAUUGAAGUUAUACGUAUAGAAAUGCAAUCAGCAAAGAAAGAUCCUAACCGUCCUCUAAAAUUAAACGUAACAUCUACGUUUAAGUAUAUUUAUAAAGAAAAUGGAAUCAAAGGAUUAUAUAGAGGAGUUUCUCCAAGAAUCUGCCUAGGCGUUUGGCAAACAAUUUCUAUGGUUGCACUUGGAGAUAUUGCUAAACAAUAUAUGAAGAAAUUUACAAAUCAAGUACCAGUUAAUAUUCAUUAA